AGUAGUACACAGGAAUCUGGGGGGUGGGGAGAGAGAACUGUGUAACAAUGUCUGUUGCCAUUUACAGCUAGUACUGUAUACAGCAGCUGACCAGCUGACCCCCUGACUGUGGUGUUACGUCCCCAAGGCAGUGAAGCAAUCUAAUCAUUCUGAGAGAGCAACUAGUAUUCAGGCCAAGAAAAACACAAGAAAGCUUUAUUCUCCCCUCUCCUCCUUGCUGAGCAGAAGGAAACAUGGAGUCUGGAAUGAGAAGCCUGAUCACAGACAACAGCCGAUAUGUGGAGUCCUUUCGUCUGUUCCUUAAGAAUUCCACAGAACACCAAUGUAUGCAGCAGUUUAUAGAAACCAAGCUGCCAGACAUUAUAUCCAGUAUAGGGAACGGAAAACCGGUCAUCAGUGUCCUCAGUGUAGGAGGUGGCUCAGGUGAAAUUGAUCUACAAAUUCUCUCUAAGAUACAUGCCCGAUAUCCCAGGGUCUCAAUUAAUAAUGAUAUUAUUGAGCCAAGUCCAGAACAAAUACUGAGCUACAAAGAGCGUGUUGCCAAGACGCCAGGCCUCGACCAUAUCAAUUUCUGCUGGCAUAAAAAAACCUCUGCUGAGUUUGAGCUUCAAGUAAAUGAAAAGCAACAGGAUACAACGUAUGAUUUUAUUCAUAUGAUCCAGAUGCUGUACUAUGUGAAAGAUAUUCAUGCCACAUUAAAAUUCUUCAAGACCUGUUUGGCAUCGGAUGGUAAACUCCUUAUUAUCCUUGUAUCUGGAAACAGUGGGUGGUCUACACUGUGGAAGAAAUACGGAUCCCGCUUACCUUUAAAUGAUCAGUGCCUGUACGUCACAGCAGGCCACGUCGCAGACAUUCUCAGCGCAAUGGGUGUAAAGUAUCAGCGCUACGACUUGGAGUCUGACAUGGAUAUAACAGAAUGUUUCCUGGAAGGGGACCAGAAUGGGGAGUUGUUGCUGGACUUUUUAACUGAGACCUGUGAAUUUAAUAAAAAUGCCCCCCCUGAGCUCAGAGAUGAAAUAAUGCAUGACCUGAAGAGCCCUGGGUGCAGCUCUAUAAAACAUGGAAAGAUUAUUUUUAAUAACAAUCUUAGUGUUAUUGUGGUUGAGAAUGAAUAGUUUUGUUCAUGUAUACAUAUAUAUGUACAUACAGUAUACAUAGUGUAUGCACAUGCCAUUCUAGAAAUCAGAAAACAAAGAUUAAUUAAAUAUAGCAAUCAGUGAAUCUUUAGCGUUUACACAAUGAAAAGACAAUACAUACUUUUUAAAUGAUUUGGACGUGUUUCACACCUGUGGUAGACAUAAUGGUUACCUUACUAAAGCAAUGUGUGCGUGGUGGCACUGUGGUUAGCAUUACUCCCUUGCAGUGUUUUUAAGUUAGUAUAAUAAUAACCAGGAUACUACAGUAUCUGUAUGGAGUUUGUAUGUCAUAUCUGUGUUUUUAUGUUUUUCCCUCAAUGGUUUCUGAACAGCCUGGACUUGAGGUGUGCUUGUGGUAGGAAAAUAACCUCACAUGGAGCAACAAAAUAUGUGAAUCAUACAUAAAGCUAUGCACGCUUGCUGCUUAUUCAGCAUAAAUCAGAGUAAUACCCCUUUCAGACUGCCAGCAAUAACCUGGGUUAUUGCACAUGAGCGUGCAGCAACCCGGGUUGCAGCGCAGUCUGAAAGGGUCCAGUUGAAAAAAUCCAGGUAGAGCGACCCGGUGUUUCAUCUCGGGUAGCGAGCUGGGUUGAACACGUGUUUAACCCGGUUUGUGGUGCGGUGUGAACGGGUAAGCCGGGUCGAUGCGCCCUGACACCUGUUUACUGAAUAGGAAGGGGUGGCACUUGGAGAUCAACUCAGGAGACCAGUGCCGAAACACUGACAGCCGUUAUCCUAAAGGUAAGUAUCAGGCACGGGAUAGGGUUAGGGCCCCGGAGGGUGUUAGGGUUAGGCACUAGGGGAGGUGAGGGUUAGGCACUAGUGGGUGUGGUUAGCCAUAGCCGCCAGCCUCUGAGGGUUAGCCAUAGCCCCCACCCCCAGAGGGUUAGGAUAGGAGAGAGUUAAAACACUUAUGUGACCGCCGGUAUUUCUUACCGAACCCCCCUAUGGCAGUGGUUUCCCAAACUUUGUGCUUAGGCACCCUAGGGCACUGCAAGGCUCUUGCAGGGAUGACUCGGGUUGGUGGUCUAGGACCAAAUCAAAUUAUUUAUAUUCAAAGUGAUAGGCAAAACCAGUGGUAGUGGCUUCCAAUCAUAAAGCAUGUGGACAAUUACAAGCACUGAACCUAAGGAUGACAGGUAGGCACAAUUUACUUAAUUUUAUAUAUUUUUCAAAAUUUAUCAAUAUAAAAACUUUCAUCCUAGUGGUGCCGUGAAACAAAUGCUGAUACUCUAAGGUCCAGUGAUUCAUGGAAGUUUGGGAACUAUUGCCCUACGGAAUUCCUUGCUAAACAGGCUUGGGCUAUGUCACUCUGUAACAGGGGGAUGCGACACUGUGGGUUUCGCUGUUGCUGUGCGACCAGCUCAACUUGUCAUAGCCUAGUGCUGGCAUUAACUUUUACAGGAGACACCACACUUUUUGGCUCCCCACAUUAUCGGCAACUAAUCUAGUCUAUGAGCGAUGGUGCUUGGAUCAUUGUUGUGGGGUGGUAUGACAAUUUUUUCUAUUUUCUUUAAAAUGUCAUUCUUUUUUAUACUACAAAGGUAUGUGCUAAUGAUGACGGUCAUCAUCAUUAUCAGUACAGAUCUCUCACCAGAGUUCGAACACCCACAGCAGAUACACCUUCUGAUAGGUGUAUCUGCAGCUGCUUUCAGUUCUAAGGAGUUAUAUGACCAUGUCCUUACUGAACUUAGGCUAUGCUCAAAGGCCCCUUCCCGAUUUGCUUGUUAAACGUAAGAAGUCAUGAGUGUGAGAUGCUGCCAAGUCUUGAGUUUAAAUCUUCAAGAGGCCAAAAUAUCAAAAUUCUUUAUACAAAGUAUAGUAAAGGGGUUCCACAUUCCAUAUGUAACAUCUGGAGAAAACACUGGUUCCAAUCCAUUGACAUCACCCCCAAUUCUGCAGGCUGCGCCCCUAACAUUGCAGAGCAUCAAGUUGGACGUGAUGUCCCCUAACAUACAUAUGCAGACCUUAAAAGGUGUUACAUUUUUAAUGAUAAAUAUAGAAAUAUUGAAGUCCAUUUGCUAUUUUGAGAAGAGGAAUUUCUUUUAUCUGAUAGAUCAUUUAGAAAAUGUGUUAAUUACAUAGAAUCAGCAGAAUGAGCAAUACAAAAAGAACAAAUGGACGAAUGAUUUCUUUUUUGUUUUUUUAUUUAAUGACUUUAUGUGACUGAGACUUCAAAAAGCCCAACAGUACAUAAGGUAAAUAAAGUACAUUUCCAACUCUAAUUAUAUGUUUAAUUAACUUUUUCAGAAGUUAUUAAACCAGCUGCAGUGCGAGGUGAUCCUGACAUAAAUGAAGCAAAGCAUAUGUACAAUGUGCGAACUAAUCCUACUGUAUGUUUUCGCUGUUUCUACUUGUACACCAGGGUUUUUGGAUUUUUUUUAAACAAAAUUACACUUUGUUAAUGAGUCACUCUGCUUUAUGUCACACCUUUAAUGACAGACUAAAAGCAUUCAGUGGGUCAUGCUGUAAUGUGAAAUGUUUCAGGAAAGGCUCCCAGCAGGUGGUUCCUACUCUCUAAUCAUUCUGCUAUUUCUGGAGUCUUCUCUUUUUAUUUCUUUUGCCAUUGUAAAAUAUUGUUAAAUGAAGGUUGAUAAAAGUUAUUAUAUUAA